AUGGCCACCCCGCUCGGCCUGUACUCGCACCUGAUCGCGCCGCCCGAGGGCAUGACGCUGAUGCUGCGCGAAAAGGUCAUCUCCCUCACGGGCGACAGCUUCGAGAUCAAGAACAACCUGGGCCAGGACAUCUUCCGGGUCCAGGGCCGCGCCGCCUCGCUCUCGGGCCGCAAGUCGAUCUUCGACAUGCAGGGACGACAUCUGUUUGACAUACAAAAGGAGCACUUUCACCUGCACACCACCUUUGCCGCCAACGACCCGCAGGGGCAGAAGCUGAUGGAGGUCAAGAGCGGCUUCAAGUUGAUCGGGUCCAAGGCCACGGCCACGUUCAAGAACGCAUUCAGCGGCGCCAGCGAGACGCUCCAGAUGACGGGCAACUGGCUCUCGUCGUCGGCCAACAUCGUCGACACGAGGACGGGCGCGACGGUCGGCACGAUCCAGCGCAAGCUCAGCGGCCGCGACCUCAUGUUCGGCCAGCAGACCUACGCCCUCGUCGUGCCGGGCGGCGUCGACAUGGCCGUCAUGGUGGCCAUGUGCAUCGCCAUGGACGAGAAGAACAACGAGGGCGGCGGCUUCAUCUUCUGA